AUGGGUCUUUUGUUGAGAGAAGUUUUGAAGACACUUUGUGGUGUUAAUCAAUGGUCUUAUGCUGUUUUUUGGAAGAUCGGAUACCAGAAUCCUAAGUUAUUAAUUUGGGAGGAAUGUCACUACGAAUCAAUAUUAUGUUCAGUUCCAGAAAGUACUUCUGGAAUUGAGAACCUAGCACAGCCUUUUGGAGAAUGGGGAGGAUAUUUAGGUUCUGGCGUUCAUGCCUCGCAGCCUGGAGUUCAAGCAGUGGAUAGACUACGUUUGCUUAUCAACAAAAUGAUGGCAAAUAAUCAGGUUUUAAAUGAGGUACAUCACCAGUUUUCAGCUGGGAUGCAGACAAUUGCUGUUAUUCCUGUUUGUCCUCACGGUGUAAUUCAACUAGGUUCAUCCUUGGCUAUUCCAGAGAACAUUGGACUUGUGAAUAACGUGAAGAGUUUGAUCCUGCAACUAGGGUGUGUCCCUGGAGUCCUGCUGUCUGACAACCAUAUGGAAAAAGAAUCUACACAGAGAAUUGGAAUACCUAUUUCCUGUGGAAUGCCUCCUCCCGUGCAUUUUUCUGGAGAUUAUAAGGUGCCAAACUCCACUCCUUCCUUGGUGGACAGCUGCAACCAACAAACAAUCUCAUCUCAGGUGGCUUCUAGAAUUGUUGGCCAACCUUAUUCUCAAGCUAGACAGAUUCUGGAUAAUCAACAUGCUACUUCUUCAGCUAUUCAUAUACCCAACGUGACUAAAACUUUGGCUAAAUCUCGUGAAGACUUCUGUGAACCCAAAAUUACUCCACUGAGGAAGCUAGACAUCCCAUUCAUGGGCCAACUAGCCAAUGGAGCUGUUGGAGCUGAAGUGAUCCCGCCGAAUCCUGGUGCAUGGCUGAACCAGCAGACUGCUUCAUGCAAUUCCAGACCUGAAUUCAGUCAUCAACCAUUUGUUAGCCAAUCAAAUGGCAACAAUAACACCCCAAAAUUACUGGAACAGCAGAUUUUCUCUGAUGUUGGUGUGCGAAAUCAUGUUAGUCACAGUAAAAACGAAUCAGAUAGCCUUACUAUGGCCUACGCAAGGACAAAUGGAGGCCAUUUUACUUCUCCUGGAGCUUCUCAUACGUAUGGGCAGUUACCCAAUGAUGUGGGUGGUCAGACAAGAGCAAACUCAAUUCCAUGCUCUCUAUUAAAACUGCAGAAGUUGGCUGAUAUUAAUCACUCGUCCACACUUAUGGCAGGGGUUGGAAUUCAAAAUGUUGGUUCAUCAAGGGCAGAGGAGGUUCAUUUAUCCAGUCUGUCGGAUCAAUUAAGUGCGAGUGGCAUUCUUGCAGGCAGUUCUAAUCAUGAUCAUCAUCCCACAGAUCUGAAGCCUACUAAAAAUGAAACAACUGCAAUGGAGAAAAAGAUUGAUGGUGAUUUGUUUCAAGCACUUAACAUCCCAUUGACUCAAUCAGGUGAACACGUAUAUUUGGGUGAUGACAUCCUUGGUUCCGUUAAUGAUUGCCUGAAGAACGCUUCUGGAAGUCAGAAUACCGUUAUUGUAAAUGCUAAGUGUGAGGAACCAUCUGCUCAACCUCCCUCUGGGGAUGACUUGUAUGAUGUUUUGGGUGUGGAAUUUAAAAACAAAUUACUCAAUGGCAAGUGGAAUAACUUAAUUGGGGACCAGCCAUAUGUGAAGACACAAGGUAUGGUUAAAGAUGCUCCAGCAUUUAUGAGCAUCCGAGAGGCAAAUUCUGAUCUCUUCUCACUUAAUGAAGGAAUAUCAGACAGUAAUAUGUUUAAUGAGAUGGGCACUGAUCAUCUUUUAGAUGCCGUGGUAUCUAGGGCGCAUACUGCUGCCAAGCAGAGCUCAGAUGAUAAUGUUUCAUGCCGGACGACAUUGACAAAGAUCAGUACGUCAUCCUUUCCCAGUAGUUCUCCUACCUAUGGCAGGAUUGGUUUGCCUGAUCAGGUGCAAAGGGAGUUAAUAAGCCUACCUAAAAAAGCAGGGACCAUAGCUUCUUGCUCUUUUAGAUCUGGCUGCAGCAAGGAUGAUGUUGGAAGUUGUUCUCAAACCACUUCCAUUUAUGGGUCCCAACUGAGUUCCUGGGUUGAGCAGGGGCAUAAUGCACGGCAUGAUAGUAGUAUUUCAACUGCAUUUUCUAAGAAAAAUGAUGAAACAAGCAAACCAAAUCGUAAAAGGCUUAAACCUGGGGAGAAUCCGAGACCCAGGCCAAAAGAUCGUCAGAUGAUCCAAGAUCGUGUAAAGGAGUUGCGUGAGAUUGUACCAAAUGGAGCAAAAUGUAGCAUAGAUGCUCUGCUUGAACGCACCGUCAAGCAUAUGCUUUUCUUGCAAAGUGUGACAAAGCACGCAGAUAAGCUAAAGCAAACAGGGGAGUCCAAGCUUAUUAACAAGGAAGGCGGACUACUUUUGAAGGACAAUUUUGAGGGAGGGGCAACUUGGGCAUUUGAAGUUGGUUCACAGUCUAUGGUCUGCCCUAUCAUAGUUGAAGAUCUGAAUCCUCUGCGUCAGAUGCUUGUGGAGAUGCUUUGUGAAGAACGAGGUUUCUUUCUAGAGAUAGCUGACUUAAUUAGGGGAUUGGGAUUGACAAUCUUGAAGGGGGUGAUGGAAGCUCGGAAUGACAAGAUCUGGGCACGUUUUGUGGUAGAGACAACUGGUGGGCAAGGCAAACAGGGAUGUGACAAGGAUGGAAAUAUUUAUGUCUCUUGUUCAACUUUUGGAGCAAACUGUCAAGGGCAGUGCACCGCUAGUGGGUGCUUUGGAGAAUGGCAAUAUGAUGGUUCAUCAAACUUUCCCCCAAGUAACCUCGAUACCUGCAACUGUACUUUGGGUGGAUGCGACAUAUCUUUCAUGCCUGUUGACAAUAUGGAUCAAGAUGAAAGGGAGAGUGGCAAUGGGUAUUAG